AUUCAGCAAACUGCACACAACUGAAUUUCAUCAAUAUAAUAUUAGCAAAUCACUCUCUCGUCUCUCUCUCUCACACACACACACACUCUCUCUCGUCUCUCUCUCACACACACACUCUCUCCGACGAUGAUGACGCCUCAAAAGGAAAAAGAAAAAAACCCUCACACACACUCUCCGACAAUGGAAUGUUCUUUAAAAGAGAAAGAAAAGAAGGCUCGCACACACUCUCCGAAGAUGGAAUGUCUUGAAAAAGAAGAAGAAAUGGCGGCAUCAGUAAUGUUAGGUAAUGUUGCAGAAAAUCCGGUCAAGAAGCCAGUGAAAAAAGAAAAGAAGCCGUACACACUCUCUCCCCCAGUAAUGUUUGCAGAAAAGCAAGUCAAGAAGAUGGAAUCUUCUUUAAAAGAAGAAGAAAAGCCUCACACACACUCUCCCCCGGCGGCAUCAGGUGAUCUUGCAGGAAAGCCAGUCAAGAAGAUGGAAUCUUCUUUAAAAGAAGAAGAAAAGCCUCACACACACUCUCCCCCGGCGGCAUCAGGUGAUCUUGCAGGAAAGCCAGUCAAGAAGAUGGAAUCUUCUUUAAAAGAAGAAGAAAAGCCUCACACACACUCUCCCCCGGCGGCAUCAGGAAAGCCAGUCAAGAAGAUGGAAUCUUCUUUAAAAGAAGAAGAAAAGCCUCACACACACUCUCCCCCAGCGGCAACAGGAAAGCCAGUCAAGAAGCCUCCAGUCAAAGAGAGACUUAUCGGCUGUUUUUCUGAUGAAAACUUUGAAAUCGGAGAGGGAAUUGAAAAAUUCAUGCCCUCACCAGGAACAGGCCACACGUUUGUCAAGAAGCGUGCGUCCUUGUCCUCCUCAGGGUGCAGGAAGUCUCUGUGGGACAUUGUGAAGGGACAGCUUCGUGACAAGAGGGACAAAGAACAGAGGUGCUGUGUAAUAUCUACUGAUCAGGCUAAGCAGGCUAAGGAGGAAAAGCGUCCUUCAACAGACUGGUUCUCCAAGUACGAGAAGCCAGCCACCCGUGACUUAAAUUCGAAGAGGGAGAUAAUGUCGAAGCCUGAACUUCUUGUUGAACCUGAUUUUGAGCUGCCUUUGGCAUUUUUGGAUCAAAAGAAGGCUGUUAAGACGCUCCUGCUUAUUACCAACUCGGAUUAUCAUUACACCGACAAGAUGAUGCAGCACUCAUUCAAUAGAUUUCUUCCUAAUGAUAUGGGUGGGAGAGAUCUAUUUGACAUGUUUCUCUACGAAAUCAAUUAAAACCCCUUCAAAAUUAGAUUGGAGCAAUUAUCGAGGACGACACUGCGGUGUGGACAUCGGGUGACUGGUUCCUCUUGGAGUAUUAUACUCUUACAAGGUCUGCAGUGAAGAACAAUGUGUGUAAGAAUGUCUCCAACUAAAGCUGCAGUUGCAUUACAAUGAAAUGGCAUCGUCGUUUUGAAUGUAAAAUCUAGACAACUAGCUUACAUUACAGUAUAAAGAACAAAUAAAUAGAAAACACACGAAGAAUUGAAUUCAUAUAAAAAGUUCGGUCUAUUCGGUUCAGAACUGAAUGUUUUUUUCAAAGAAACGGACCGAACCGAAAUUUAAUUCGGUCCGGACCGAAGAACCGAACAGACCGAAAUUAUGAAAAAAUUGGAACCGAACCGGACUGAAUUUAUACGGUUUGGUUCGGUUUUUCAGUUCCGGUUCAGUUUUGCUCAUCCCUAGGUGUAUCCAACAGGAUUUUCACAAAUACUUCUUUUUGCAAAAAUACAAUUUUUCAAAAUUUUAUUUUAUAAAAAUAAGACUUUUCAAUUUUUUAUUUUUCUUAUCCCUAUAUUAGAAAUUAUGCAAUCCAGAAAAAUAUUUUAAAAUCUGUAUUAACUAUACCGUAAAGCUACAUCGUUUUUCCUCUCACGUGUAAUAGUUCUACGUGAAUAUCUUCAAUGUUUUUGGUUAAAUUUUUUUGACUAAAUUGAACAUAUAAAAAUCAGAUAAAAUUUGUCACAAAUAUUGUUAUGAUUGACUAUAAUCAAAAAAUAUCUAUUAUUACUAUUUCAAUUUAUUAUAAAUAAAAUAUAUUAUUUUAAUAGGAUAAUAGAUGAUUUGAAAUCUUAUCACAUAUAUGCUAAGAUCGAUCAAAUAUAUCCGAUAUAACGAAAAAGAAUGAUCUAUUAGACACAUUAUUCAUAUUUCUUAUCCAUGUGUCAAUUAUUUUUUUUGCCAAUAGACUAUGUAACCGUUUGGGUUAACUUAAAGAAGUAAUUUCUUACUUAAAUUAAAAAAAAUAAAAUAAAAAUGAAAAAAUGAGAAAUAAAUAAGUUAAUAAAGUUUACUAUUCUUAACUUCUCGCGAGUGCUUUUAAUUUUUGAAAGAACGGGUCAAAAGCUCUUCCCAAACAGGCCCUAUAUAUUACGAAGAGGAGUUCUAUGCUGUGCUGUGGGCAGAGAACCUUAUUCUAUGACAUUGGGUAUCACAAAACAAAACACACUUAAAAACUAUAAAGACAUAGAGAUAGUUUAAUGUAUACACAUAAUUAUGAUCUGGGGUGCUGAAGGUUUGAUCAAUUGAUCCACAGAAAGUUUUGACGGUACGUUUCUUGAUCUGUGUUUGAUUAUCUCAUUAAUCUUGUCUAGUUUGAUCUGUGUUUUGCCCCUGUUGUUUUCUUGAUUUAGGAUUACAAGAAUUUGAUGUUAUGCAAGAUGGGUCAGCAGCAGAAAUCUCUCAAAUUAAUG